AUGUUUAUUUUAACCAAUGAGGAGCUCAAGUUUAAUUUGUCUGUCAUCAUUGCUAUGAUAUUAACCUUUUUCUCCUACUUUUUCCUUCCCUUCCUCCUCCUUUAUCAUUCUUCUCCCUUUUCUCCUCUUUUUCAUUUCUUUCCCUUUCCACCCUCCCCUCUUCCUCCUUCUUUUCCACCUUCCUGCUCUUGCUUGAUCGCCAUUUUCUUUUUUUUUCCUUUAAAAAAAGCAAAUAUCCUUUUCUUUCAUUUCCCUUCGUCUGGUCAUCGGUAUGUCUUCAGUCUAUCGGAAAUUAGUGUUUUUCUGUUUUCUAGGCAGCGAUACGGAACCGUUCUUCAUCGUAGAAUGAAAGCACGAAUUUAUGCGCUUGAGUCGGCUCAAGAAGUGUUCUGCUUGUUAAGGAUGUUGAUCUAUCUAUCUAUCUAUCUAUCUAUCUAUCUAUCUAUCUAUCUAUCUAUCUAUUUACGACGGAAUAAAGAUUAA